AUGAAGUUUGGCCGCAAUUUGCCCCAAUUCACCGUGCCCGAAUGGAGCGCCUCGUAUAUCAAGUAUAAGGCUCUGAAGAAGCUCAUCAAGUCUGCGGCCGAGAAAGUGAAGGCUGGCCAAGAGGCUGAUCUGGCUGGCUUCUUCUACUCCCUUGACCGAAAUGUCGAGGAUGUUGAUUACUUCUACAACAAGAAGUAUGCCGAGUAUGCCCGCCGUUUGAAGCUGCUGGAGGAUCGAUAUGGCUAUUCAAUGGAAGGUCACCAUCCGUUGGAACCCGAGGACCGGCAUGACCUCCGCGAGGCUCUCCUAGAUCUGCGUUAUCAUCUGCGACGCUUACAAUGGUAUGGAGAGGUCAAUCGCCGUGGCUUUGUCAAGAUUACCAAGAAAUUGGACAAAAAGGUCGGGGCUCAGGCCCAGAAGCGCUAUCUGGAGACCAAGGUGGACCCGGCUCCGUUUGCCUCCAAUGCACGGGCAGUCAAGGCUCAGGACCGCAUCAAUUCGUGGAUGGCGGUCAUCACGGAACAGUCCAAGGUGGAGGACAAGGUGACGGACGAUACUAGCUCGGCCCACUCUUCUUUGUCGCUGAAGCGCGGUCCCACUCGGCCUUACCUGAACUUGCCCACGAGCGUCGUGACGGCAGUGGACGAUGCUUUGCGAAAGGAUGACAUUCACGUUUUACUCGAACUUCUUGAGGAAUUGAAGGCUGCCGCGAAUGAGGCAGGCGAAGGACUCUUUCCCAAAGUGCUCAAGACCCUCAUCCAGCGAGCUAUUCUCCACCGUGCUCGGCUGUGUUUGUCCGCACUUUUGCCACAGGUCGACACUCUCGAGGAGGACGAUGAUAUUAACCGACGCAACUGCUUGCACCGUCUGGUCAUCUCAAUGGGCCGGGUGCAAUCGACCGGCGACUCAGAGUCCUCGGCGUCUUUGGUACUAGACUUUCCUCUAGAGACAACCCGCUACAUCACUCCGGCGGCACCUCCGACUCUGCAACCUCCGCGGUCCGUGAUCAAUGAGUCGAAUUUGCCUCAGCAGCUCGGCUGCGAUGACCCAGCAGUAGCUUUCUUGCAGUACCUGCUUGAUGGACUGCGGCCCAAUCAGCGUGAAGCGUUGAUGGCCAAGGAUCUUUCUGGACGCACGACGCUGCACUAUGCUGCCCAGUAUGGGUUCAAGGAUGUCUGUGAGGUGAUAAUUGAGCAUCUCAAAGCGUGGGAAAUGUUUGAUGUUAGCGAGGGAAUUGACGGUGCUCUGUGGCAAGACAAUGACGGUCGGGCUCCGCUGCAUCUCAGUGUGGUGGGAGGACACCCCAAGACUACCCAUUGCCUUCUGGACGCUGAAAAUUGGAAAGAAACCCACAGACCUGGUGACCGGGUCCGAAAGCAGGUGUCCAAGUCUUCCGCGGUGCUUGCACUUGCUACCAAGGCCAACUUUGUGGAUAUCGUUCAACUGCUGGUGGAUGCUGGCGUCGACAUCAACUACCAGGAUGAACAGGGAGAGACUGCGUUGCACGUUGCAGCCCGCUUUGGUCAUGAUGAAUGUGCCCGAAUCCUUCUGAAAGGCACCGUGGAUCAAAAGGCCAACACGGAACUUACCGAAAACACCUAUGCGUGGACUCCCUUGUUCAUCUCCUGUGUCGACGGCACUCUGAGCGUGGCUAAGCUGCUGGUGGAGGCUGGCGCUGAUUUGGAGCGCUUUGACUCGUCUGGCUGGACGGCAAAGGAACAUGCUGCCCUGCGUGGCCAUCUAGCUAUCGCUCGGUGUCUUGCUGAGGUCAGCCCCGGACCUCCCGCAACUGAACCUGAACCAAUUCCUGUUCCCACCGACAGGACUUCCCCACCGGCUUCGUCGCCGCCGGGCCAGUCAUCCUUGAUUGAUCGGCGGUCAAAUACCCCCGGCCCUACAUCAGGAAAUUAUGUCCGUAACUCUGAACCUAUCAAGACCUUUGGACAUCGGUAUCUUACCGAUGAGACCAUGAUCUUGGUCAGUCUGGGCACGAUGGACAUGAGGAAGCCCUUGGAAACCGUAAACCUGGAUCGCAUUCCCAUGGAGGAUGCGCACGCGACCCAGCUGGACACUGCUUUGUCUAUGGUGGUCACUGCCAGCGGUGCGCAUGGCGAGCCGGAAGUCAUUGACUUGCCCGUGCAAGACAACAUCUCGACUGAGCCGAUCGUCUUUCACACCACCGACAUGAGUAAGGUCCGUCUUCUUUUUGACCUGGUGCCUACCUACUCAGGAUCGAAGGAUCGGAUUUUUGGCCGCGGUGUUGCCCUUUUGUCCAGCAUCAAGCAGGAAGUGGGUUCCCAUCGUAUCAAUCUGAAGGGUGACUCCACUGUUCCUAUAGUUGCUGCCAAUACCCUGGAAGUUAUUGGCUCAGUGACAUUUAACUUUCUCGUUAUUACCCCUUUCAAGCACCCAAACAUGUCGAUCACCGGCAACCAGACCUACUGGCGAUCCAUGAGCUCCACAAUGGUCAUUGGUCACCGUGGCCUGGGCAAGAAUAUGGCCAGCCGCAGGUCUCUCCAGCUUGGCGAAAACACUGUCCAGUCGUUCAUUGCUGCGGCCAACUUGGGUGCUUCCUAUGUCGAGUUUGACGUCCAGCUUACCAAGGACCAUGUUCCGGUCAUUUACCAUGACUUCUUGGUCAGUGAGACUGGCAUUGAUGCCCCAGUGCAUACCCUCACUCUUGACCAGUUCCUGGAACUGGGCAAAGGCCGACACAGGAAUGUUUUACCCCAGAGUGUAGACGUUCAUGGAGCGACUACCCUCGGUCCUCGCCAACGGUCUAUGUCUGUUGGUGGCUCCGAGUAUGACCCAGCCGAAUUGACCGAGAGAAUCAAACAUACUCGCGACUUUAAGAAGAAGGGAUUCAAGGGUAACACCCGUGGCGAGCACAUUCAAGCCCCGUUCGCUACCCUGGAGGAAUUGUUCAAGAAGAUUCCCAAGCCUGUCGGCUUCAACAUUGAACUGAAGUACCCCAUGCUCCACGAGAGCGAGGAGGAGGAGAUGGAUACCUACGCCGUUGAAUUGAACUCGUUCGUCGACACGGUCCUCACCAAGGUCUAUGACCUGGGCCGUGGCCGUGACGUGCUAUUCUCCAGUUUCAACCCGGACAUCUGCCUCCUUCUGUCCUUCAAGCAGCCCUCCAUUCCUGUACUUUUCCUGACUGACGCCGGUGCCUCCCCUGUCGGUGAUAUUCGCGCGAGCAGUCUGCAGGAGGCUAUCCGAUUUGCCUCGCGGUGGAAUCUGCUCGGUAUCGUCACCCAGGCAGAGCCACUGGUUCUCUGCCCUCGCCUUGUGCGCAUCGUCAAGGAGUCUGGUCUUGUUUGCGUAUCCUAUGGUUCGCUUAACAAUGACGGCGCAAAUGUGGACUAUCAAGUCGCAGAGGGCAUUGAUGCCGUUAUUGUCGACUCCGUCCUCGGUAUUACCAACGGUCUCAUUCAACGCCAAAACAAGGGCGAGCGCACGCCUGGCCCCUCGCCUCUCCCGGCGCCAGUCGCUGACAAGGCUGCCAUUCGCGUGCCGGUCCUUGAGCAGGUGAAACCCAACACCACCGCCCCGAACCCGGAUCCGGCUGUCAAUCUUUAG